UAAGUAAAAAAAUGUUCCUUUCAAAAAAAAAAAGUAAAAUUGAUGUUUUUGUAGAGGGGUGAAUUUCUAAGGCAAAAGUGAGUCUCUUUGCUUAAUUUAAGGAAAUUAGACUCUAUAGUCUUUUUUUUAUAUUGUCCUUUUUAUUUUUAUUCUCUUUUUUAAAAUUUAUUAUUUUUUCCUUUUUUUUAAGAGAUUUUUACACCUCAUGUCAAAAUUGACAUCUUUUUUACAUUUUUAUCAAUACACGGUUUUUUAAACUUUUUUAACUUUUACAUUUUUCAAUUUUACUUUUCAAAAAGUUUCAUAAUUACAAAAUUACCUUUUCCCUUCUUCCUUACACACGUACACGCACGCCACCUCAUAACUCCUUUUUUAUUUUUUUUUUUGAAUUUUUCAUUUCUCUGAUUCUUCCACUCUUCAAACCGUAGCUUCCCACGAUCACCAUUCUCAAGCCCUAACCCAUUUCUUCUUCCCACGAUCACCUUCUCCAAGCCCUCACCCACGUUUUCCUCAACCUACAUUGUCAUCCUCCACUAUUUUUUUCUAUAUAAAUGGCAACCACUAGAAGUGGUUCGAAAUCACCAUCUCCGGCGAAGAAAGUUUCUAAAAAAUCGAAGAAGGCUCCAGCUGUUACUUCCAAAGUCGAACCUAAAAUGGGGUUAAAAAAAAUUGCUAAAAAUUUAGUGGCUGAUGUUCCAGAGACAUCGGCCUCUAAGAAAAGAGCCCUUCCUGUUAAAGUAGAUGCUCCUAAGACUAAGAGAGCAAAAAUUUCCAAGUCUGCACGCGAUGUUUCCUCAGAUUCCGAUUUUGAGGAUGAAGUGCAUGGUGAGGACCAAAAGCCCAAAGUUAAAUCAAAGGUCCAUGCUAGGACCUCAGUGAAGGUUGAAGGAUUUGACCUACCAAAGAAAAAUCCUGCUAAGGAAUGGGAUUAUAUAUAUGACCAGAAGAAUCUGUUCAUUGCUAAAGCCUUUUCCACUGCUACUUUCCAGGUGAUAGAGAACAUUAAAUCUUGUCUUUCAGAUGUACAGCUUGAAAUCUUUUCAAAAACCUGUUUUGGUCAUUUCCUUGACCUUCCCGAUUUUAAAGUUCAACCCCAAGUGUUUCAUGGGUUGUUGCUCCGAGAGGUUCAGCAACCUAAUGAUGCUGAGUUGUGGGUUAUGAUACGCGGUGUUAGGCUUAGGUUUAGCAUUGAGGAAUUUGCAUUGAUUAAUGGAUAUUGGCCAACUUCGUCCUCUAUCACUAAGGAAUCUGUUAGGGAAUGUUUUACCACCAAGAGGUGGGGUGAUUCUGAUGAGGAUGCUGUGAAGUUGGCAGUUUUGUAUUUCGUGGAGUGGUUCUUGCUUAGUGGCACUAAGCAUAAAAAUGUACCCAAGUCUAUUUUAGAUGUUGUAGAUAGUGGGAGGUACAAUGAAUUUGCUUGGGGCCGGAGUUCUUUUGAAUUGACUAUUUCCUCAUUGAAGGGUAAGCUUGAUAGUUGGGUUGAGGGGGUUAGGAAGGCAAAGAGUUCGGGAAAGAGGCCGAGUGUUUUUUACACUUUGAUUGGUUGUCCUCAUGUUCUACAAGUUUGGUUCUACGAGUGUUGUAAGUACAUGAAAGGUAAGUACUGCCAAAAGGAAAGCUCUCGUAUUCCAAGGAUCACUCAGUGGACAUGCAAUAGUCAACCUACUUUCAAAGUUUUGAAGACUACUAUCUUUGAUGUUUCCAAAGAUAAGCUGCAACUUUCAAAUAUGAGGCCCACGGCUGGUGAGUUCAAAGCUUUGAAACUGAGCAGUUUCAAGUUCGACACCGACUUCAACUCUUACAAGAGUCUUCCUGUCCCCGAAGAGCCAACUGUUGCUCUGAAGAUUUCAUCUGAUUUGGUUGAGUUGAAAGAGUUUGUGUCUGCACAGUUUGUUUCUUUUGGUGCUCAGAUGGCUUCAAUGCAGACACAGUUUUCUACUGUUUUUGCCGAUUCCUAUGCCAAGGAAAAAGGCAGUGACUCUUCCAAUGAUGAUGAUGGAGGUGGUGAUGAAGCAGAUUUUGAUUUAAAUGAAUCUGAAGAAACUGAUGAAAAUGAAGAAGAGAAUGUUAUGGGUGAUGACGAAGGGGAGGGUAGUGAAGGUGAAGAGAAGGAUGAUCAACCCGAUGAAGAUUCUGACUCAAAAGAAAAAAAUGAUAAUGGCAGUGAUGAUGAUGCCACUGAUAGUGAGGAGAAGAAUUUCGUUGAUUUCAAUGACGGCCCUACUCAAAUAGAUGUUGAGGCUACUGUUCAGUCCGGGGUAAAAGCAGUUGAGCUUAUGAUGUCUUCAGAUGGAAUUGGUGGUGAUCCUUGUAAACAGAUUUCAGUUUCUGAAAAUGUUGAGGUUACGGAUCGUCGUCUUGUUUGUUUUGAGAUGGGUGCAACAGGUCUCAAUGUUGAUUCUAACAUUGAACUUGAAGAUGACCCAAUUCCCGUUGAAGAAACUCCUCUUGUUGACAAGAGGAAAUCUAAGAAACCCAUAGCGCUGACGUCUCCGUUUAUGGAGUAUGACUCUUCCAUUUCUAGUUCUAAAGAUGGUUCUGGUUAUGGAGUUGUUAAGUAUGUGGCUGGGUUGUGUCCUCUCGAUGAUAAGAUUGGUGAAGAUGUAGAACAUAAAGACGAGAUUGAUUUUGACUUGUGGCUUGGUGAAGGACGCCGAUCGAAGAAAGAUCCGCAUGAUAAGGAGAAGGUUUACUUGAAGGGUAAGGAUAAGAUUGUUCCCCCUUUUCGUUUUGGCGUGGAAGAUGUUGCAACCAAGAUGUGGUUCCACAAGCUUGCAUAUCCUGGCCAAUGUUUGACUAAUUCUCAUCUGGACAUCAUUUUUUACUAUCUACGUAAAAAAGGAAAGUAUGCAAAGGAGCCAAAGGUUAAGUUCACAACCACCGAUUGCUUAUUCUUCAAAACCAUUCAUGUUUUGUAUGAAAAAUUUAUUGCACAGAAAAAAAAUCUUUCUUUGAUAACUGCCCAGCAUGCCAUUGCUGAUUAUAUAAGAGGUAGAAAAAUGUUAUGUGGUUCCCCUUGGCAUUUGUGCGAUCAUGUUUUCUUUAUCAUCCAUAUGGAGACUGAAUCACAUUGGAUUCUUGGUCGAUUGAAUAUUGAGGAAAGGCGUGUGUACAUGUACAACUCCUUGUCGACUGCUAUGAAAGAUAGUGCUGCCAUCAAAGCUUGUCAGCCAUUUGCGGUGUUGUUGCCCCACUUUUUUGCUUUGUUUGAUGAGUUCAAAAAGGAAAACAAACCGAUUUGUUUAGACCCUUUCGAAGUUGUUAAGGUUGAUGGUUUGCCUCAACAAACCUCUAAUGACUGUGGUUGUUUCGUUGCAUCGUUCGCCGAAUACUUUAUUGAUAUGAAACCGAUUCCUCCCAUAUUUGAUGUUGAGAAACACCGUGAUAGGCUUGCUGUGUUGUUCUAUAAGUAUGCUCGCAUGAAAGAAGUGGAAUUUAUUGAUAGUGAAGAUGAGGCUCCUCCAAAGGGUCCAAAGAAGAAUUUGUCUUAGUUAUCUAUUGGUUGUUGUUGGAAAUACUACUUUUUUUAUGUAGCUUUUGUUUU